CGGAAAUUUGCAUGGUGUCGCAACAAAUGGAGACAACCACAACAACCGUACUUGUAGAGGUCCACCAAAAUAAUGAAGACGCGGAGAAAAAUAAAAGAAAUCAAAAUAAUAAGUAUUUAGAUAAAAGUUCUUCAGGGAGCUCAUUUUCUGGUAGUAGUAUGACUAGCCUCAGUAGUGCCAUUAGUCAAGAGAUACAAAGGAGAUCAGAGGUAAGUGCAGUUCCCCUCCUUACAGUCUAUAAAACACAGAACAAUGUAUUUACAGUAUACAGUGUGUCUUUUGCAAACUUUUGGGCGAAUUUUCAUAUUGAUUGAAACAAAACUUGCAUUUACAAGUAUUUUGAGAUACUCACUCUAAAUUUUAAG